CUUAAAUAUAUGAACAAGUGUAAUCAAAUCCUUUUUUGUUGCUAUCAAAAGCGAAUUUCAUUAUCGAGCGAUCAUGAAACCGAUGCUGAUGCUGUCCAUUCGAAGAGACCGAGAUUAGCGAGUGAUGGGAUCUGAUAUUUCAUGACAUCCUAGCAGCGGCUGAGCCACCAUGACAGCCCUUAGGCAGAGGAAGGGCAGCAAAGGAAGUAAGGAGGCUGGUCCAGAAGUCCUGUGCCAGAGGUUGAACCCUUCAGCGGAUCCUUUAGAGAGGUCUUCAGAUGGCGUAUGGACAUGGAGGACAGUGCUAUGGGUUGCCAUAGGUUGGACUGUGGGAAUUAGUCUUGGCAUGCUGUCCUGCAUCUAUGUGGCCACGCUCCACGAAAAUGACCUGUGGUUUUCCAACAUUAAGGAAGUUGAGCGUGAAAUCUCCUUUCGGACAGAAUGUGGCCUGUACUACUCGUACUAUAAACAGAUGUUGAGAGCUCCCUCCAUACAGCAAGGUCUUUCAGAGCUCAUCAAUGAUAACGCCACUGAAUCCAAGAGAACCAUCAACCUCCUGCGACGCAUGAACAUCUAUCAGGAGGUGUUUCUAGGUGUUCUCUAUAGGAUUCUACCCAUACAGGCCUACCUGGAGCCAGUGUAUUUCUACAUCUACACCGUGUUUUCCCUCCAAGCGGUGUAUGUCAUAGCCCUGUUCAUCACCAGCUGGCUGCUCAGUGGUUCCUGGCUAGCAGGGGCUCUCACUGGAGUCUGGUACAUCCUCAACAGAGUGGACACAACGCGGGUGGAGUUCACCAUCUCGCUCAGGGAGAACUGGUCCCUGCCCUUCUUCGCUCUCCAGAUAGCUGCCAUCACUUGCUACCUGAGGCCUCACCUCAAACCCAUCCAGCAGAAGGUGGUGUUGUGGCUGAUGUUCCUGGCCACGUUGUGUUUCUGCCUCACCUGGCAGUUUAAUCAGUUCAUCCUGCUGGUUCAGGCUCUCAUCAUCUUCACCCUGGACUGUCUGGACCUCAUCUCCACAGAACAGGUGACCUGCCUGUACCUAGUCCAGGUAAUCAGCCUGCUGUCCGUGUGGCUGCUGCAGUUCUGUAACUCCAUGAUCCUAGGCUCUCUGGCUCUCAGCUUCAUUGUGGCCGCUCUCUUUGUCAAGCACUUCCAGAGAGGGCUGAAGACUGGAGGUCUCGCAGCGCGGCUGGGAAAGCUGCUCCUUCACACCGUCCUCGUCCUUGCACUAACAUUCACUAUUAAUUAUUUAGCCAAGCAAGCGUUGCAGCUCCGUUCUGACGAACACAUCUUUAAAUUCAUCAAGUCCAAAUUUGGCUUGGGGCCUACCAGAGAUUUCGAUGCCAGUCUGUACCUAUGUGAGGAAGCCUUUGGGCUGCUUCCCUUGGACACGUUUGACCGCUUGGCUGGCACUCUGCUGGCAUACCCUUACCUCGUCACCCUGAUUGUGCUCCUGGUGAUGCUGGCGCUGGUAACACUGGCCAACCUCUGUGAUUCUUCAGCGGCCGGGCGGCCGCCGAAAGGCCGAUGCGAGGUGCGGCCGAUCUGUAUGCGGGCAGAUGUCGCCUACAAUCUGUUACACACCGUCUUCUUCGGCCUCCUGGCGCUCGGCACCAUGAGAAUGAAAUAUCUGUGGACUGGCCAUAUGUGUGCCUUUGCUGCCUAUGGCGUGUGUGGCAAGGAGCUGUGGUCCCUCUGCCUUAACAUGAUUCACUGUAACACUAAAACAAAGCUGAGGCUGAUCAGGUACACGCUUCCACUUGUCAUUCUGUGUUUUCUAUAUUACAAGUUCUGGCCCAAACUGAUGACGGAAGUAUCAGAACUGAGAGAAUUCUACGACCCUGACACCGUUGAGCUGAUGACCUGGAUUAGCUCGAAGACCCCCAAGAAGGCGGUGUUUGCUGGCAGCAUGCAGCUGCUGGCUGGGAUCAAACUGUGCACAGGGAGAGUCCUGACUAACCACCCACACUAUGAAGACCGAGCUCUGAGAGAGAGGACCAAACAGGUGUAUCAGAUCUACGCCCAGCAAUCCCCAGAGGAGGUCCACGGGAUCCUGCGCGCGGCGGGGGCUGAUUUCGUGGUGAUGGAGGACAGCAUCUGCUACGAGAGGAGGCAUGGCCGGGGCUGCAGGCUCCGAGACCUGCUGGAUCUGGCCAACGGACAUAUCAUGGAUGGCCCUGGGGACAACGACCCAGACUUGGUCCACGCCACCCACCCUCGCUUCUGUGAGUCCAUCAAGACAGACGGCCCUGCCUACACCGCCCUCUUCACCCGCGUUUUCCAAAACAAGACCUUCCACGUCUACAAGCUGAAGAGGGGCAAGAAGAGAGCCAAGGCCGACAGAGAGCCAGUGGCCAUGGAGGAUAAAACCCAGUAAUAAGACCCUGGGGACCCCAUAAACAACCCCCGCCCACCCAUAUCCAGCAGCUCCCCAGUCUCCGUCUCAGCCUCCUGCUCCCUUCCAUGUUGAUAACCUGAUGACUGCUCUGUGCUCCCUGCUCUCUGGUCUACUCGACUUCAUCUGGAACCAUGGCUACACUCUCUCCCCCUUCCAUCCCUCCCUGCGCCACGGCAGCCAGAGGCAGGUAAUCACGGCCGGCUGACACGGCGCUGAUUUGAGCAGCGUCUGAUUGUGGCGGGCGAGCAGAUGAGCACAUGCAUAUCAAACCAGGGCUUUGUGUCAGGAAGCUCAUGUUUAAACAGGAGAGGAAAGAUGACGGCACAUCACAACAACAUUCACGGCUCUCUCUCGCUUUCACCCAGACUUAAAGGCAGAGCAGAGAAGAAAGAGGAGAGGGACCUUUGAGAGGGAGCUGAUUGAAAGCUAGAGCAGUGGGGGUAAUUAUUGCGAGGACCAGUCUGGUCUUUUUGGUGGCUGGGGCUGCAGCCUGACUGCACAGCUGCACCUUGUGCCAUUUCCUUGUUUUUAAACUCGUCUCCACUUGUUAAUGAGGACUCCUCUUUUGAUACUCUCUCACAGAAACACAAAAGUUCUGCAUAAGUUGUCAGUUGUGGUGUAUCAAAGUGCGGAAGUGGCAUUCUCAUUGUAAUGCAUAACAGUCCUAUCACUGUGAAGGGUAUUUGCUUGUUCAUUCCGUUGCAUUGAAAUUGGAUGUUUAAUUUAGGAGUUGGCAAAUAAUACAUUUUACGAGGGAGAAGUAAUUUCAUUAUGUUUGCCUAAUAAGUGCAUACUAAUGUAAUGUUUUUGAGCAUUGACAUUCUUCAUUUUCAUAUUUAUUAAUAAUUCAGUUUAGAUGCAUUGGUCAUUUAAACCGACAGUAUUUUUUUUAAAUGAGCAAAUGUUAGAGCAAAUCGUGUAUUAACUGUGUCUAUUCGCUCCCAACUCAACACCACAGAAUCAUACAGUAUUAUGUAGAAGGACUGCAUUGUGGGUAAACCAUGACCACUGGUCAAUGUUGAAUGAGGUGAAUGGUUAACAUAUUCAGGGCAACUGGUCUAUGUAGGACUGGCUAACAUACCGUGGGUAUCAGAGGUAUUCAACGCCUUGGAUUUUGUUUCACGUUGGUGGGCUACAAAGUGGGAUUGAAAUAGAUUUAAUUGUCAUUUUCCCGCCAUGGAUUUACACAAAAUACACAACGUCGAAGUGAAAAGAAUUUAAAGAAUAAAAUGUAUACAGAUGACUAAACAUGAAAUGACUAAAAUAAAGUUGUUGAAUAUAA